GGUGUCCAGCGCCUACAAACAAUUUGAAGAUAUAUAUUUUCUCCAAUUUUAUCUCUCUUUCCUUCUUGAUUCCUACUUUGAUCGAUUUUCCUAGUUUGAAAACUAUGGACGCAUUGGUUUUUCUCAGUCCUUCUCCAACAAUGGCGGCUGGUAUUGAAGAAGCACAGUACCCUGCAAGGAAAAAGAAGCGCAAGAGACCCAAUGCCCAAAAACUCCUUCCUAACGACAAAGUAGAGGUGAGAAGUCUGGAACAGGGAUUUGCUGGUUCAUGGCAUCAGGGAACUGUCGUUUCAUGUAAUAAAGGGAAUCGUCAUGUUAAAUAUGAUCAUGUUCUUGUUGAUAAUGGUUCAGAUUUUCUUGUUGACAGGGUCAGUGUUUCACCUGCACUGGAUGGUGCUGAUUACUCCAGUGUAAAUAUCUGUAAUUAUCGUGGAUGUAUAAGGCCAUUGCCACCUAAACUGGAUCUUGACAAAUCACAACUUUUCUAUGGCCUUUGUGUAGAUAUGUACUAUAAGGAAGCUUGGUGGGAGGGUGUUGUAUUUGACCAUGGAGAUGGUUUGGAAGAGAGGAGGAUUUUCUUCCCAGACUUAGGUGAUGAAAUGAUGGCCAGAAUUGACUCCUUGCGAAUCACUCAGGAUUGGAAUGAGUUUACAGCAGAUUGGAAGUGUCGUGGGACCUGGCUGUUUCUUGAGCUGAUUGAAAAGUUCAAGCAGGAGUUGUUUGUCCCUGUUUCUGUGAAGCAAAUUUGGUAUGAGGUCCGGGGGAGAAACCGUUAUAAAACUAUUCAGGAAUGGACUUCUUCUUGUGAACCAAUUUGGAAAGAGUUGGUGCUGGAGGUGAUUAAUGAUAACAUCAAACAUACUAUAGUUCAUUUUUACUCUGUAUUAGGCUUUCCUAGAUCGUUGCAACAAGGAUCCAAGCCACUACUGGAGUGUCAUCCUAUGCAUUCUGGAGCAGAUGCACCUAAAUCUCUUGCUGCUGUACCAGUUGAGAACUCAACUAGCACUGGUACAAGGAGUGCAGACGCAGCUGGUAUUCACAGAUCAUGUCAAGAUAAUGCUGUGUGUAUGCAACCUCAGCCUUUGGGAGUGUUGCCUUCUACUGAAGACAGAAUUUUCUGCAUCAGUUCUAUAACCAGCAAUGAAGUACUUGUUAGAAACAAUUCAGAUAUGUUAGCUGCAACUCAGUGCAUGAAAACACAUUCAUGGUUGCCUGCUGGUCCAGACAUCGUUCCUAAAGCCAAGUCUCACCCAGAAGCCAUUUUGAAAUAUGUUCAAAAGCCUCGGAGCACUCUGGUACAAGAAGUUAGGAUGCAUCUUAAAUAUCAGAGAUGGAGGAUUGAGUUUAUGCAUGAUGGAUGUAAAAAUAGAUUCCGCUACACCUCACCUGAGGGGAAGCAGUAUUUUUCUCUUCGUCAGGUUUGUGCAGAUUUUAGCAAAUCAUAUAUAGAGAAUAAUAAUUCUAACACCACAGAGAAUCAGAGAAGUUUGUGUGCUUUGCCCGAUGAUUCACUGUCUCCAGAUCUUGGGCAAUGGCAGGAUAAUCAGAAUCCUGACAUUUGCCCUCAGGCUGUGACCUUAUCUCACUCUGACGUGCUUGCUACCAAACCUAAAAAUUGUCCUCAAGCUGUUCUCAGAUGGUGGAAGGCUGGAUAUGACAAUACUUGCAAGGGCUGUACUAAGAGUGGUGAUCUGAUGUUAAAAGCAAAAAAACAUCUCUUAGCUCAGGGUUGGGUAUUUCACCUUGCAAAUUGUAAAAGCAGAUCCUAUGCAUGUUACACUUCACCAAGAGGAAGGAAAUGUUAUUCACUUCGACAGGCCUGCAAAAUCUGUAUGGAGGAAGGUGGAGUUUCUGAAAGUAAUUACUCUGGUAGUAGGCUUGAGGAGGGUGAAAGACAGCUAGCUAGAAAGAAGUUGCCUUCUGAACUUUGUAACAGUUUGGUACCAUUGGAUGGUUUGUCAAAAAAUUGGUCAGCGGAGGCUUCUUGUAUAUCACAGUCAAGAAAGAUUGGUGAGCUCAGUAGAAUAGGAAGUCAAGGAACUGGAAAACUCAGAAGCAAGGGAAAGAAUAAGAGGAGCAGUCAACCAACUCGUGUGCUAAGAUCAAGCAAAAGAGUGCAGCAGAUUGCAACUUCUAGUUUCUCUCACCAGAUUCCUCAGACCAUACUGUCUUGGUUGAUAUACAACAAUGUGGUUUUACCAAGGGCAAAAGUACAUUGCUCUGGAAGGAGGAACUGUAGAAAGCCAACUAAAGAAGGGAGAAUAACUAAUUCUGGGAUCAAGUGCAGUUGUUGCUCCAAGGUGUACACUGUUAGUAGCUUUGUAGCUCAUGCUGGUGGCAUUGGCAAUAAGCCUGCUGCAAAGAUAUUCCUGAAAGAUGGAAGGUCUCUUCUAGAUUGCCUGCUGCAAUUGAUACGUGAUAUUAUGAUGAGAUACUUUAAAGCUGAGCCAGAUGAGGAGUUGAAGAGCAAUUGGCAGCAAGGAAACAAUGAUGACAUUUGUUCUGUUUGUCAUUAUGGGGGGGAACUAGUUUUAUGUGAUCAGUGUCCAUCCUCAUUUCAUAGAAGUUGCCUUGGUUUAGAGACUGUUCUAGAUGGUGAAUGGUUCUGCCCAUCAUGUUGUUGUGGAAUUUGCGGUCAAAGCAAGUUGAAGGAUGUUGAUGGAAAUUCUAUUGACGAUACAGUUCUCAGAGGAGCUGAUAAGUUGGGAGCCAAUUCUGACAAAAAUUGGUUUUGUGGAAAAAAGUGCAAAGAGAUAUUUAAGGGCCUUCAUAAGCUUUUAGGAAAGCAAGUUCCAGUUGGUAAGAGCACAGACAAUCUAACGUGGACACUGGUGAAACCUAUGCCGCCUGAUACUAGUGAUCUCAAUGCUCUUGAUAAUAGUGACGCCUUGAUUGAGAGUUACAGCAAGCUUAAUAUUGCUCUUGGCGUGAUGCAUGAAUGUUUUGAGCCUGUCCAAGAACGCUAUACCGGGAGGGAUCUCGUUGAAGAUAUUAUAUUCAAUAGAGGGUCAGAUCUUAACCGUUUGAACUUCCGAGGAUUCUAUACAGUGCUUCUGGAGAAAAAUGAUGAAUUGAUUACUGUUGCUACUCUAAGGGUCUUUGGAGAAAAGGCAGCAGAAUUACCUUUAGUUGGUACAAGGUUUAAAUAUCGCCGACGUGGAAUGUGUCACAUUUUGAUGGAUGAGCUUGAAAAGAAGCUCAUGGAGUUGGGAGUGGAAAGGCUGAUAUUGCCUGCUGUUAGUAGUUUACUGCAAACAUGGAGGUCCUCAUUUGGGUUUUCUGAGAUGACAGCUUCUGAGAGAUUAAAAUUUGUUGAUUAUAGCUUCCUAGAUUUCCCGGAUACCAUCAUGUGCCAGAAACUAUUAUCUAAGAGACCUUGUGCAGAAUCGGACACACUAAGAGAGCACCAUCAUGGAUACUACAAUGAUGUUAAUGAUACGGCUGCUGUUAAUGUCAGUUCGAUUAGUCCACCCUCUGAAGCAUUCCAUCCUGGAAAAAUUGAGGGAAGCAGGAUUCUGGAUCGAGGACUUGUGGAUGUUGAUCCAGGUGAGAGCUGCAGUGGUACCAAAAAAGAGGUUCCUCCUCCCAAGUACUAUAAGCGAAGGAGGAUACAGGAAAGCAGCCAGUAAAACUUUUCCUCUUGUACAGACUACAUAAACGAUGGAGAGAGCGGGUCAGAGUAAGUUCAUGCUUUUAGGCAUGUAAUAAUUUUGGAGAUAUUGAUGUGAAUGGAGUUCUAUCUUCCUCUUCUUUUUGGCUGAAUUAACGAUGAAAUAUUAC